AUGGUCUUUGAUGGGCUAAACAGACACGACUUGGUUUUACACAACACAAUGAUUACAGGUUAUGGAUCUUGUGGGUACUGGCAGAAAGCUCUAAAUCUGUUUAUUAUAAUGAGAAGAAUUGGAAAUCAGCCUGAUGGGUAUACAGUUGUAGGGUUAUUAUCGGGUUUAACAUGUUCUAGCUUGCUGGAAAUCGGCCAAGGAAUCCAUGGUUACUGUUUGAGAAGCGGAUUUAAUUCUAACACACACAUAAGUAGUGUCCUUGUUAGUAUGUACUCAAGAUGUGGUUGUAUGAAUUCGGCCUAUAAAGUAUUUAGUGGAUUAUCACAUCCCGAUUUAGUAACAUGGUCUGCUUUAAUAUCUGGUUUUUCACAAUCAGGAGAGUAUCACAAUGCCUUAACUUCUUUCAAGAAUAUGAACUCCUAUGGCAAAAAGCCAGACUCCGUUCUUAUCUCCAUUUUACUGGUUGUAAUUUCACAAUUGGUCAUUUUGGCACCAGGUGUCGAGAUUCAUGGCUAUGCCAUACGCCAUUGCCUACAUUCAGAGGUCAUGGUGUCUUCUGCAUUGAUAGACAUGUACUCAAAAUGUGGUUUCUUGGACUUGGCACUCAAGGUGUUCGAUGAAAUGCCUAAGAGAAACAUAGUUUCAUACAAUUCAGUAAUAGCAAGUCUUGGUUUAUACGGACUUGCAUCCGAGGCUUUUGAAGUGUUUCAUGAGGUUCUUGAACGAGGUCUAAAACCUGAUGAAUCUACUUUCACUGCUCUACUAUCUGCUUGCUCCCAUGGUGGUCUUCUUAAAGAAGGUCGAGACAUUUUCAGAAGAAUGCGGGACGAUUUUGGCAUUGAAGCAAAGACUGAACAUUACGUUCAUUUUGUGAAGCUUGUUGGUAUGGCUGGGGAGUUGGAUGAGGCUUAUGAGGUUGUUAACUCGUUGGGAGAGCAUGUGGAUUCUGGUAUUUGGGGUGCACUUCUUUCUUGCUGUGAUGCACAUAAUGAUUUGAAAAUGGCAGAGAUUGUGAGUCAGCGACUCCUUGAGUGUAAGCAAGAGAGAAGCAGCUACAAGGUUAUGGUUUCUAAUAUGCUUGCUGGAAAUGGGAGGUGGGAUGAUGUGAAAAAAUUGAGGGAUGAAUUAGAUGGUGUGGGAAAUAGGAAAGUUCGUGGAGUUAGCUGGAUUGAGGCAUUAGCAACUCCCACCAUCAAUACCGCUCUUUCUGUUCCAACAUCACACGAAUCUCCGGCUUGCUUCACACCCGUCGUCGCUUCCGACUUACUCCACCACCGUUGCCACCUCCGGCUUACUCCACCGUCGUUGUCCACCAUCUGCCUUCGGCUUGCCUCACAGGGGUGGUUUGUAUCGAGAUAUACGAGGUAUUUCAAGUAAAAGAAAAAAACUACAGGAUCUCGUUUGAUUAAUUGUCCUUUCAAGACUGUGUGUGGGCAAAAAGUAUAGUGAUGGAUCAAAUGGUGCUUGGAAUCAUCACAGAGACACAAUAAAAUGGAUGAUGAAUACAACGUAAUCGACUUAAACCUAUAUCGAUUAGAUAAAUCAAACGAUCCUUUUUGAACCCGCUAUAGUUUUUUAUAUUUUUUUUUGAACGACUAGUUCUAUAUAUUUUUGAUUCGGAUGCCUG